AUGCCUGCCCUUAAACCAUCUGCCAGCGAUGAAGUUACAGCGGCCAACCUGCCAAAGGUUUCGCAAGAGUCGUCAUUUAACGAGCUGCCGUAUCCAGUCGCCUGCUUGCGGGACUUAUCUUCAAUUAACAGCCUAGGCCAAAUAAAAUACCAAGAAUUGAGGAGUUGGAGGAAGACGGUCUGUCUGAUGCCGAGGCUCGCCAUGGCGAACCUGAAGCUGCACGUUGUCUGGGGCCGCGGCGGUUCCGGCGCCGGCGCCGAUGACACCGACGGCGCGGUGAACAAGCUGCGUGCCUCCGUCGCGAGAGUCGUCGACGACCGCCUCGGCGAGGGCUACGUCCCGGCUCCGACUCCUUCGACAAGAAUACUAGACGGACACCGCCAGCCUCUACCCCAGUGCGAUCUUGGUCACGGACCUCGUAAUCUUGACAACAGCCUCACCGUUCGACCUCUUCCUCACCCUCGCGUUGGCGUUUGUCUCCGGUCCGGUCCAUCAUGUACACCCAGCCUCCGUGAUGACCCUCUUGGUGGCAUUCGGAAACACAGAGAACAUGACCCCAAUCUGGUCAGCAGGAAUUUCCCUUUCCUUCUUUGGAACUGA